UUCUGGAAGAAUGAAGCGACAAGAUUACACGACAAGCUGACUGAACUUGAAAAACAUUUAUCUGAAGUUGAAAUAAAAUAUCAGUUAGCUUUGGCUGGUCAAGGGGAAGAUAAUCAUACUGAACAUAGCAGUAGAUUAUUACAAACUGUUGCUGGGUUGUAUGGUCAACCUUUAUACAGUGAUAUUACUGUAUUAUUAGAUGGUGACAGAGCGAUCCGAGGCCAUAAAUUAGUUUUAUCUACCUGGUUUGAGAAAUGGUGUGAUAGUAAUCUUAAUGAUGUAGAUAUAAUAGAUCUCUCAGAUUUAGAUUACAGUACAGCAGUAACGAUGAUCAAAUGGAUUUAUACAGAUAUAUUUGAAACAAAAGAUGUCGAUGUUUAUUUUCUAGAGGAACUUUUAAAAGCUACUGUGAAAUAUAAACUUGACAAUCUUAAUGAAAGAUGUCAGAAGGCAUUGGUAUAUUUCAUCGAUCAAACAAAUUGUAGACGAUUUUAUCAAACAGCCGACAAAAUAUCUGCUUCAAUUUUAAAAAAUCAUUGUUCAGAAUUUCUUUCUCUAACAGAACUAAAGGAUGAAGAAGACGAGGAAAUCACCAAUGAUGUAAUAUCCACCACCGUAGUCAGUGAUGACUUGGUUAGUGAUGACUUGGUAGUUCUCGAUGAAAAUAUCAACCCGUAUAAAUGUCAUUUAUGUACCAAGAGAUUCGACGAUGAGGAGAAAUUAAAAGUACACAUAAACUGGCACAUUCGGAGAAAACCGUACUCGUGUGAAUACUGCGACAAAAGUUUCCCUAAAGCGAUUGGAUUAAAACGUCAUCUACGGACUCACACCGGUGAAAAACCAUAUCGAUGUGAUGUUUGUGAUAAAUCAUUUAGCAUUAACGCUAAUUUGAAAACCCAUAAACGCUUGCAUGACGGGGAAUUACAAUACUCAUGUGAUAUCUGUGGGAAGGCCUUUAAUACAAACGGCAAUUUAAAGACACAUUCGAUGAGUAUGCAUACUGGUGUUCAUCCCUAUAAGUGUAAAAUAUGCGACAAAGGCUACAGUCAGAAAUGUAAUUUGAAAACCCAUAUCUUGACUCAUUCAAAAGAGAAAACAACGUCGCCGAAGAAAAGUUCGUAUAAAUGUCAUAUAUGCAAAGUAAAACUGUGUGAUCGUUAUAGAUUAAAACGUCACAUGCGCACACAUACUGGGGAAAGGCCUUAUCCGUGUCAGCUGUGUGACAAGGCCUUCGCUCAAGGAAGCACGCUUAAAAAACAUUACAAGUCUCAUGAACGGGCAGCACGAAUAGCUGAAAAGGAAGCUGAAAGCUUGUGACAUGACUUUAUAUAUGAGUAAGCCUUAUAAAUAGAAUUGAAAAAUUGUGUGUAGUUCAACUCCAGGUGGUAUUUGCGGUUUCUGCUGAAAGUAAAACUGAAAAUUACAGUGCAAUGAACUCAGUAAGAACUGCAAAUUCUAACAGAUGCAGCGCCUUUUCUCUGAUAUUCUCUACCCAGAGACAUCAAAGAAAGUAACAAUGCAUAAAGAGAGAAAUGGGGUUUAAAUCGACACAAACUAGGUCAUUUUGAGACUAACAUAUUGUGGUUUGAUUUUAUUUCAAUUAUUCGCUUGCGCGUAGGGGUCUUUAGCAGUGGGAGGAAACCGGUGGACCUGGAAAAAACCCACGCCAGUUGACUCAAUUUCAGACCUUAUCAUAGAGCGAGCACGGCUAAACAUUCAUCCAUCCAACCCCCCAGCAUUGCAUAAGGAACUUUAUCUGAAGGAUUGUGCUAUAAGGGGGUUGGGUGGCCGAAUGGGUAGCGUUGUAUUGUAACGUCUGUCAUUGAGUCUAGUCGUGUGGUUUCGAUUCUCUGCUUGUACAUGUUAGGGAGUAGGGUUGACUAUCUAACCUCACAGGUUUUGUCCGGGUCCUCCAGCUUCCUCCACCGGCUAAAGACCCCUACGUGCAAACUAAUCAUUGAAAUAAAAAUUGAUCCAUUUGUUAGUCCUGAAAUGACCUUGUUUGUGUCCAGUGGACGUUAAACCCCAUUUCUCUGUCUGUCUGUCUCGCUCACUCUCUAUUUAAUUAAACUACACAUUCUAUGGUGACUGAUUAAACAUACAUUAUGCAAGAACUUAAUCUGCCUAUUGCAAGUUUUUAUUUAGGCUUCAGAUGUUAUAGAAAUUAUUAAUUUGACCUUUAUUUACUUGACAAACUCAAAUCAACUCUGUAGACCUACAGAUGGCUUGGAUAAAGUUUGGAUUUAAACAGUCGUUUAUUUAAAAUUAAAUCAAUAAAUGGCGGAACCAAGCUAACGUUUACCGUUAGUCGCUGAUGUCAUUACCGGAAACUGGUGAUGAAAGGCCAGCCAAGCGAGGCUACCAUAGCCAUUGAUCAUGUUACUUGAUAAUCGAGAAUAUGUGGGUGGAGUUAUCAUCUGUCAAUCAAACGAUCGCCAAUUCUCAUAGAUGCCUAUUUCUAGUCCGAACUUCCAACAGUGACAAUUCCGUUCAGAACAAAGUAAUUUGACUGAAAUUUUCAACAUUUUCUUUUUUUAUCAUCUAUUUUUGAAUUAUUAUAGCAAGAAUGGCCAACUGUUUAUAAAACUUGUAACUAAUGUAUGUUUAAUUGAUGUUACAAUGGUUCAAGAGUUGUUAUAAUAUUUAAUAAAAGUUUAAAGACAGUUACUCUUCAUUCCAUGUGUUUUAUUAAUAAGUGCAGCAGUGGCACAUUAAGGUGCUGACUCGCUGUUACUCUUCAUCAAAGCCAGUGAUUCUCAACCAGUGUGCCGCAAGAUCUUCCUAAGUGUGCUGCGAAAUUGUGAAUGACACGCCAAGAUUAUGUGAAAAACCAUUUGAUCCCAAUUGAGUAUUCACUGGUGUCUACUAAUAAGUUCAUAGCUGUGUUUUCUUUAUUUAGUUUGAGUCAUUCUAUGUGUCUAUGACUAGUCCAGUUGUAUGCCGGCUGACUUAUGUUUUUAUUUUGCAAAAUUUAAAUAUUUUUCAUAUAUAUUUAGCCAGGUGUGCCGCUAUUUUUUCAUGUGUUCCAAAGUGUGCCGCUGGCAAAAAAGGUUGAGAACCACUGAUCCAAUCUGAUAAAAACACAGAUCCUAAUUCGUUUCGUUUUUUUAUAGUUCAAAAUUUUGUUUUACUUGUCUUUACUACACUAGGAUCUGGAAGAGUUUUUAAAUAACCUGCGUUCUAGUUGAUGUGAGAGAUUAGCCAAUGAAACGGUCUGUUGCAGUGAGUUCUUGGCGUGCCUUGCACAGAAUUGUGGGUAAACCACUAGAAACGUCAACGCUGAUUGAUUAAUCAAUGUCUGACAUCAUAGGCUCAAAAGCUGCUUGUAUGACCCCUGCCACGACCUUCCAGCACAACUUGUCAGAUCUUCAUGUAGUGUAGGCCAUCGAAAAUAUAAAAAAACAAAACGAAAUAUAGAUCUGUAUUUUAAUUAGCUUGCUCUAGGCCAUUUAAUGUGUUUUAUUAAUUAGUAGGCUAAGGAGUGAAGCUACAGUGGCUCAGUGAAUAAGGUGCUGACUCGCUAAGCAGGAGGUUCUGGGUUCAAUCCCUGUAUUUAAAAAAAAUAACUUCAUGCAAUUUCUGGUCUGCCAUCGAUGGUAUUAUGCGAUGGAAAGCAGUGUCGGGUUCACUGAUUAGCGAAUAAAAAUAAGUCAUAUUUAAUCCCGCUAAAUAAA